AUGAAGAAGUUAGAGAACUUUUUGUUUGGUUCCUUGUACUCCCCAGUUGAGUUUGGAAAGGAAGAUGAUGAGGAACUGAGAGGUGGGGCUGACAAAAGUUCUGCUUUGUUCUUUACAGAUAAGUCUGUGAAUAGCGUACUUUCUGUUUAUGAAGAUGAUGCAGAAUUCCGGGAGAGUAGUGAAAGUGAUGAUGAAGACGAAGCUGGGCAAAGGAAACCCGUAUGGGUGGAUGAUGAAGAAGAAAAGGCCAGUAUAAAUAUAGCUAAAGUCAACAGAUUGAGGAAGCUGAGGAAGGAAGAGGACGAGAGUGUGAUCUCUGGUUCUGCGCAUGUGUCCAGAUUAAGGGCUCAUCAUGUAAAAUUGAACCCGGGAACAGAGUGGGCCCAACGUGAUUCACAGCCAAGGAAUUGCAGCUCUGAUGAUGAAGAUUCUGAUAUAGAAAAUGGGGUAGUUCUUGCGCGUGGUUGUAAAGAUGUUGAAGGUGUAGAUGACAUUCUUUGAACAAAUGAGGACCUCGUUGUGAAGAGCAGGGUGAAGCUAUUGCCUGGACUCCUUGAGUACUUGAGAUUAGUAUAUGCAAAUGCAGAUGAUCUUUCCAAUGGUCCAAUAAAUUCAGUUCAGUUCCACACAAAUGCCCAAUUGCUCCUUACUGCUGGAUUAGAUAAAAAAACUCAGAUUUUUUCUGAUAGAUGGCAUAAGGAACACCAAAAUACGAAGCAUUUUCCUAGAUGAUUGUCCCAUUUGAAAGGCAUGUUUCUUACCUGAUGGAUCUCAAGUAAUAGCAUCAGGAAGAAGAAAGUUUUUCUAUAGUUUCGAUCUAGUGAAAGCUACGGUAAAAUAGGUCCACUGACUGGCCGGGAAGAGAAGAGCUUGGAAGUUUUUGAGGUUUUGCCCGAUUCUAAUACAAUUGUGUUUGUCGGUAAUGAAGGGUAUAUUUUGUUAGUUUCAUCCAAAACAAAGGAACUUGUUGGAACACUCAAAAUGAAUGGCACAGCUUGAUCAUUAGCGUUUGUGGGUAAUGAAGGGUAUAUAUAAAUAGCGUUUAUAUAAAAAAAGACAGAAAGAGAAAAGAAAAGAAAUACAAAUAUCUUUUAAAGCA